AUGGAGUCCAUGCUAAAUAAAUUGAAGAGUACUGUUACAAAGGUAACGGCUGAUGUCACCAGUGCAGUCAUGGGAAAUCCUGUUACCAGGGAAUUUGAUGUUGGCCGACAUAUUGCCAGUGGUGGUAAUGGUCUUGCUUGGAAGAUAUUUAAUGGAACUAAAAAAUCAACAAAACAGGAAGUAGCUGUUUUUGUCUUUGAUAAGAAGCUAAUAGACAAGUAUCAGAAAUUUGAGAAGGAUCAGAUUACUGAUUCUUUAAAACGAGGUGUUCAACAGCUAACCAGACUUCGACACCCUCGACUACUUACUGUUCAACAUCCAUUGGAAGAAUCCAGGGAUUGCUUGGCAUUUUGUACAGAACCAGUCUGUGCAAGUUUAGCUAAUGUUCUUGGUAGCUGGGACAACCUACCUUCUCCUUUACCAUCUGACAUUAAAGAAUAUAAACUUUAUGAUGUGGAGACCAGAUAUGGUUUACUUCAGGUUUCUGAAGGCUUGUCAUUUUUGCAUAGCAGUGUCAAAAUGGUCCAUGGAAAUAUUACUCCUGAAAAUAUAAUUUUGAAUAAAAGUGGAGCAUGGAAAAUUAUGGGCUUUGAUUUUUGUAUCCAGUCAACAAAUCCAUCUGAACAGGAGCCAAAGUUCCCUUGUAAGGAAUGGGAUCCAAACUUGCCAUCCUUGUGUCUUCCAAAUCCCGAAUAUCUGGCACCAGAAUAUAUUCUCUCUGUGAGCUGUGAGACAGCCAGUGAUAUGUACUCUCUAGGAGCUGUCAUGUAUGCAGUGUUUAAUAAAGGGAAACCAGUUUUUGAGGUCAACAAGCAGGAUAUUUAUAAAAGCUUUAGUAGACAGCUGGAUCAGCUGAGCCGUUUAAGCUCCAGUGCUCUUCAGAAUAUCCCAGAGGAGGUGCGUGAACAUGUAAAGCUACUCUUAAAUGUAGCUCCAGCAGUCAGACCAGACGCAGAUCAAAUGACUAAGAUACCAUUCUUUGAUGAUGUAGGAGCAAUGACACUUCAGUAUUUUGACUCAUUAUUUCAAAGAGAUAACCUUCAGAAAUCACAGUUUUUUAAAGGGCUGCCAAAGGUUCUGCCAAAAUUACCUAAGCGUGUUAUAAUUCAGCGAAUUUUGCCUUGCUUGACUUCUGAAUUUGUGAAUCCUGAUAUGGUACCCUUUGUCUUGCCUAAUGUUCUCCUCAUUGCUGAGGAAUGCACCAAAGAAGAAUAUGUCAGGCUCAUUCUGCCUGAUCUUGGUCCUGUUUUUAAGCAGCAAGAACCCAUCCAGAUCUUGUUGAUAUUUCUGCAAAAAAUGGACUUGCUUCUCACCAAAACGCCACCAGAUGAAAUAAAGAACAGUGUUCUACCAAUGGUCUAUAGAGCCUUGGAAGCACCUUCAAUUCAGAUCCAGGAGCUUUGCCUAAACAUAAUUCCCACAUUUGCCAAUUUAAUAGAUUAUCCAUCAAUGAAAAAUUCAUUAAUUCCAAGAAUUAAAAAUGCAUGUUUGCAAACUUCUUCUCUUGCUGUUCGGGUAAACUCACUAGUGUGCUUAGGCAAGAUUUUGGAGUACUUGGAUAAAUGGUUUGUACUUGAUGAUAUUUUACCUUUUCUACAACAAAUUCCAUCCAAAGAACCUGCAGUGCUAAUGGGAAUUUUAGGUAUUUACAAAUGUACAUUUACUCAUAAGAAGUUGGGAAUUACCAAAGAACAGCUUGCAGGAAAAGUAUUGCCCCAUCUGAUUCCUCUUAGUAUUGAGAACAAUCUGAAUCUCAAUCAGUUCAAUUCUUUUAUUUGUGUUAUAAAAGAUAUGCUUAAUAGAUUGGAGGCAGAGCAUAAAACAAAACUUGAGCAACUUCAUGUCAUGCAAGAGCAACAGAAAUCUUUGGAUAUAGCUAACCAAAUGAAUGUGACUGAAGAGGCAAGAUCUAGUAGUACAAGUAAUCAGAUUGACAAAGUGUUUAAUACUAGUGGAACGGACCUUCUAACUAGUGGAUCUGAUAUUAAAGAGAGUGAGAUGUCAUCAAAACAGAAAAAGGCAUCACUUACACUUGAAGAGAAGCAAAAGUUAGCUAAAGAACAAGAACAGGCACAGAAACUGAAAAGCCAGCAACCUCUUAAGCCACAAGCAACUGCAGUAACACCUCCAGUGAAGCAGACAAAAGACUUGACAGAUACCUUGAUAGAAAAUAUGUCAUCUUUGACUAGCUAUUCUAAGGUUGCACCUUCAAACAACUUCUCUUCUGUCCCUUCUAUGGGUGUUGGAAUGGGAUUUUCAUCUACUAUUGACAACACAACGAGAAAUAUGACAAACGGACUAAGUACUAAUAUGGGUUUUCAGACUGCUGGAUUCAGUAUGGGAGCUGGUCCCACCACUCAGAAUUUCUUCAGUGGUCCAAGUGCAACAGGAACAAUGAAGAUGAACAUUGUACCGGCUGCCAAUAUGCCAAAUUACAGUCCUGUGAAUUCUGCAUCUGCAAUCUCUGCAUUGACACAACAAAGCAGAACCCCAGAUAUGUCUGCUUUAGAUAAUCUUUUUGGUCCUCAAAAACCCAAAGUUAGUAUGAAACAGUUGGCACAACAGAAAUCAAGCCAGUGGGUUAAUCAGUUUGUACCCCCACAAGGUUCCCCAAGUGCAAGCAGUUCAGUCUUGGGACCUCAGAUGAACAUGAUAGGACAGCCUGGCUUUGGUAUACAGGGUAAUCCUUUCUUUGCUCCUCAGAACUUUGCACAACCAGCAAACACAACAGCAAACAGCAGCUCAGCUAGUAAUGACCUGAAAGAUCUUUUUGGGUAGAAUUUUUUCUUCUUUCAAAGACUGAUGAAAUUUGGAUAAUGGGUAAGCUGAUUAACAUCUUCUUUUGAAUAGUAAAAGCGUGACUUGGGGAAACUUUCAACCCAGUAAAGUAAGGACUUUUGCACUGGAAUGCAAAGGCUUGAUUUUUCAUUCAGCUGGUACUGCAGUGAAAUUGCCUAAGUGCAAAGUCAUUUUACGUGCUAAAGAUUGCCUGUCUUCUUACCAAAC